AUGGCUGCAAUCCCUCCCGGUCGACACCACUUAGAGCAUGUCAUUGAAAGUCAUGACUUAAUCUCGCCAAGCGACCACACCCUGGACUUGGACGCCCUCAAAGACAAAGCGUCCUCGCUCAAGGCCUCAAUCCACUCCACCAUACAUGGCCAUGACUACCAUGAAGGCCGCCGAUUCCACGGACACAAGAAGGGGUCUUAA